AAUGCCCAAGGCAGGAUCAGGACAUCGUGUUCCUGAUUGACGGCUCUGGCAGCAUCAGCUCUAGAGAUUUUGCCACAAUGAUAAACUUUGUGAAGUCUGUGAUGAGCCAGUUCCAGAGACCCAGCACCCAGGUUUCUCUGGUGCAGUUCGCAGGUCGAUCCCAGAUACACUUCACUUUCAAUGACUUCACCUCCAGUUCAGACCCUGUCAGACUGCUGGACUCUGUGCACCAGCUAAGAGGGUACACUUUCACAGCCACGGCCAUCAGGAACGUCAUGACUCAACUGUUCACCACCAAAAGUGGGGCCCGCGGGGAUGCCACUAAGGUCUUGAUUGUCAUCACUGAUGGCCAUAAACAAGGAGACCCGCUGGAGUACAAGGAUGUGAUCCCGAUGGCGGAGGCAGCAGGCGUUAUCCGCUACGCAAUUGGGGUUGGAAAGGCUUUUCAAAUUAAAGAUUUCCUGAAUGAAUUAAAUCAGAUUGCGUCGAAUCCCUCCUACAUUUUUAAAGUGGAGAACUUUGACGCUUUGAAGGCCAUUCAAAACCAGCUGAAGGAGAAGAUCUUUGCCAUCGAGGGUACAGAGACCAUGAGCAGUAGUUCUUUUGAACUGGAGAUGUCCCAGGAGGGCUUCAGUGCUGUGUUCACGCCCGAUGGACCCGUUCUGGGGGCUGUCGGGAGCUACAGCUGGUCUGGAGGUGCCUUCCUGUACCCCCCAAAGGGGAGCCCCACAUUCAUCAACAUGUCUCAGGAGCACAUGGACAUGAGGGACUCUUACCUGGGUUACGCCACCGAACUGGCCCUUCGGAAGGGG